GGCGGGAGGGAAAGGAUGGGGGAAAGGGAGCCUUGGGAGGUGAGAACGGAGACCGACCUGGCUUCACGCUUCAUUCCACACUCGGCUUUCCUACCAGCGACACCACGCUCCGGCAAGAUGAGGUCUUCGGUGGCAAUCCUGGUGGUCGUGGUGGCUGGAGUCUUUGUUCCUGGAAUGGCUCAACAGUACGCCAGCGGUAGUGAUACUGUGUUUGGGUCUGGCCAGACCGGGUCAUCCAGCACAGUAGGGAGCGGUUCCGGCUCUUCCUCUUCCCAAGGGUCGUUGGGCUCAGCGGGAAGCGGUUCUGCGUCGGCAGGCCAAGGUGCGGGACAAUCUGGCAGCGGAGCCGCUGGCAGUGGCUUCGCUGGCUUUGCGGGAGCUGGGCGUCCCAUUGGUGGUUCUGGCACUGGUGGGGCAGCUUUCGCUGGAGCUGCUGCUGCAGGGCGGGGAGUUGCCGGCUUCCCUGGGUUCGGUGGUGCCGCUGGCACCGCUGGCCAAGGUGGUGCCGCCUCUUUCCAGCGGGGCACAAGCGUCAUUCAGCAGCAGGCCACAACGACAGUCACUGUGACUGUGACCAUUGACAGGUUCACCACACUCACGGACAUUGUGUUCCAGAGCUUCGAGGUGACCCUGACGCAGUUUGUGGUGCAAACUGCCACCAGGCCUGUCCAGAAGGUUGUGUCUACGCCCGUCAAUGACCAGGUGGCCAUCACCACCACCGUGCUCCACCGCCCAGAAUACAUCACGCUCACGGAAACGAAGUCUGACUUCCGCCUGGCCGUGAGAACGUCAAUCAGCCACGUCACCCUCACCCACACCUCCUACAACAUCAUCCACAUGCCUUUCACAAUUACGGCCACAGAAACCGUGCAACUGACCUCUCCGGUAGUUAGGACCGUCAUUAACACACGUCGGCAUGUGGUGACUGACUACCGCACCAUUGUCAACACCGUCUACGUCCGAGGGUACCACUAAGCAGUGUUGAAGACAGUAUUUGUGGAAUCAAAUGUCCAACUUUAUGAUGCUUGAUAUCGUUCAACCAUACGUGAGAAUAACUAAUAUUGUCUGAAAUGUAUAUAAAAAAAUUGGAUACAUAAAUAAACAUUGAAAGAAAGAUA